AGUAACAGCUGACAGUGGGCACCAACAAGUAGCGCGCCCGCGUUCUCUUAUUAACAUAGCGAACGACCCACUUACUUCGCUGACCUUACUGUACUGUUCGCGUACUACAUUUGGACACUAUUGACACCAUUAAAGGAGCAGUCAACAUGCCCUCGACAAAGUUCUUCCAAUCAACCCGAAAGAUCAUCGGUGCUGGUGUCAACUACAAGGAGAUUCUGCUGCUUACCAACACCCCGAAACCGGACGCACCGGUCAUCUUUUUCAAACCGACUUCCACGCUGCUCGAUGCUGAAUCCCCAUCGCCGACCAUCCGAGUGCCACGUGUGUUUGGUGGUAGGAUCAACUUCGAGGCCGAACUCGGCGUCAUUAUUGGAAGGCGUGCCGCCAACGUUAGCGCGGAUCAGGCAAUGUCCUACAUCAGCGGUUACUGUCUAGCGCUCGAUAUGACUGGAAUGGAUUUUAUACUGAAUGCCCGGCCCAAAGGGUUACCAUGGUGUUUGGGUAAAGGCUUUGACACCUCGACCCCAGUCAGCCGAUUUAUCACGCGCGAGGAACUGCCCGAUCCGAACGAUGUGCGCGUCUGGUGUGAUGUGAAUGGAAUCCGCAAGCAGGACGAUUCGACGGCCGAGCUCAUCUUCCCGAUUGCUGAGCUCAUCUCAUACACCUCACGCUUCAUGACGCUCGAGGAAAACGAUCUGCUGCUAACCGGAACACCGGCCGGUGCGGGUCCGGUCAAGCCCGGUGAUAUCAUCGAGUGCGGCCUGGGUACGGAUCUCGUACGAAUGCGCUGCACGGUGGAAAAUGAAUGCUAGUCAUGGAGACACCCAGUACUAGCGCUUCCUUUGCUUGUGUAUCGUUUUGUAUUUAAAAAAAAACAGGAAUACAGACACAAUUCCUUAAUGCUAA